AUGGCUUUGCUUGAAACUGACGCGAACGGUUCUUUACAAUCACUAAUGUCGCUUUCCGUCUGUUGUUCCACAUUUCACGCACGUUCUGGAUCGCAUUUACGUCUCGAGAUUGCUGAUAUGAAAUUAAAGAUUAAAACCAAACUUGUUUUGAGUGAAGCUGAAAUAAUGAAGGAACUUAAUCUGAUUGAAUUAAUGCAUGAUUUUAAAAGUUAA